UUCCCCUACCCAACAUGGCCGCCGGACGAACUCUCCGACCUCCGCUGCCCUCCAGCGGCAGCAGCGGCGAGGGUCCCGGCUCGCCGGAAGCCACGCGGAGCGUCUCCCGCGAGCGAGGCGGCCGAGUCAGCGGAGACACGGGAGCGCCCUGUCCGCCUUUGUAUCUCUCUCCCUGACAGAGCUCCCCCCCCCUUUAUAGCAGAGAUACCCCCUCGUACCUGGACCCGUGUCUCCACCCUCGAGGCCGUCCUCCACCUGCCCCCCUCUCUCCCCAACACCCUUGGUGCUCGCCCCCCACCACCACCCCCAAAAUGCUCCGAUCCCUCACCCGUCCGGGCUCAGCCCUGGCCAGCCGCCCAUCAUCCUGUCUCUCUCCCAGCGCCUCUCCUCCUCCUCCUCUCCCCCUCACCCGUCACCCCGCGGUGUCCGCUCGCCUCUUGUCGGCGUCGCCCGCCUCUCGCGGCCGCCGCGCCGAAAUCACCCGGCGCUGGCUCCCUCCGGCGCCCGAAAUCCCCGGCGUGGAGCGGGUCUCGUACCGCGACCGCGGCCACUUCGUGCCGGGCCUCGCUCACCCGCCCAGGGAGAGCUGGGACCGGGGCUGGCUCGCCCCUUACCAAGGGAGGAGGCUCCCAACGUCGGACGAGGGGGAGCAGGCGUUCGUGUUCCACCAGAGGACGCAGGCGGUGGAGGGCGAGCGUCAGGCGCUGUGGCUCACCAAGUCAGUGUUGAGGCCGGGCCUGCCCCCGUCCCUCCAGGCCCUGGUCCCGGUCGCCACGGCCGAGGCCGAAGCCGGGGACCUCUCGGCCCGGGUCCUGCGGGCCGUGGAGCACGCUCGCAUGUGGGACCUCGGGGAAACGCGGCCGCCUCGCCACCGCUUUUGCGAGGUGUUGUGGCGAGACCUCAUGACCGUGUGCCACUCCCUGGCUCCACGCUACCCGGGGAUCCUGGAGCGGAGUCUGGUGGAGGGAGCCAAGAUCGGCGUGUCCUGGCAGAGGGGGCCUGAACGCGUCCACGCGCGGGGCCCCCACGGCGCGGUGCUAGCAGGCCGGGCGCCGCUGGGCCGCAUCGCGUCUCCGGAGGAGACGGAGUCGGCGAGCGCCGAGCCGCUGCCCGACUUCUCCCCCAUCUCCCCGCUCAUCGACCUGCAGCGCGUCCGCGUCACCCACACGGCCACCACCACGGGGAUACGAGAGGGGUUCCCGUAUCCCCACGCUCACACGCUAUUCCUCCUCGAGGGACUGGAUGAAUGCUGCCGUCUCUCCGCAACGCAGCUCCGCGCCAAGAUGCUCGUCUUCAGCUUCGCGCACGCGCUGGCCCAGGCACGCACGCUCUACGGGGAGGCACCCGUCCGGUUGUUGCCCGUGCCCGUGGUGGUGCAGAGCGUGGCCACCGACGGGCGAGUCUUCCACUUCUCCGCGCUGCAGCUGAACACCACGGAGCUGCGGGGCGACGACGGGCCACGCAACGCGGCGUGGACGCUGGGAGACCAGCCGCUCUACGACUUCGCCAAGACGCAGCCACUCGUGCACAAGCGCAUCGUGCAGGUCCCAGUGGGGGUCUCAGGUUUCAACUCCAGCACCUUCUACACCUUCCUUGCCUUCUUCCUCAACGGAGCCCUGUGACAGACCAACUCACUCACUCGCACAACCACUCACCAACUCACCCACCCACCAACUCACUCACUCGCACAACCACUCACCCACUCACCCACUCACCCACCCACUCACCAACUCACUCACACCACUCAUCCCACUUGUAGACCUCCGGUUUUGGCCGCUGUGAUUCCAGCUUCUUGCACCGCCCUGCCUCUGCAGGGGCCCUUCCCAGCGUCUCUUCAACACCCCCACCCAGUCCCUCCUAGGCCCUCCCGUGCGAGCGAGGCAGCGUUGUGUACCGUGCCUGCUUGAGUUUGUUCCAUCUCCUGGCUAAAUAAAGGAUACGUACACGCAUGCAACCUUGCCCA